GUUGUUAAAACAGGGUUGUUUUCCGCUGCAUAAAUGGACAUUUAAUUGCGACGUAUCUCCUGAAAUGUAUAAAGACCUAAACAUUGAUGUAAAUCAUUCAUCCAAAACGUUAGGUUUAGGCUGGUGUACAAAAAGGGAUGAAUUUUAUUUUACAACUAAAUUUACAAAAAAUUACUCGAUAGUUACGAAGCGUGUCAUAUUAUCCACCGUUGCACAAAUAUAUGAUCCAUUAGGUUUAUUAACACCCGUAGUAAUCACAGCUAAAUCAUUGUUACAAAAAUUGUGGCUACAAAAAUUAGAUUGGGACGACGAAGUUCCCGAAACCAUAGCGAUUGCAUGGCGUAAGUUUCUGUGUGAUUUGCAACAUUUGCAUAAUAUUAAAAUACCUCGUUGUGUUAUUGAUGACAAUAGUUACAAGGAGCUUCAUAUAUUUACUGACGCUUCUCAAGAUGCCUACGGAGCGUGCGCGUACGUUAGGUUGUGUAAUAAUAACGGUACUUUACCAGUUUCAGUGCAUUUAUUGUGUGCAAAAAGUAAAUUAGCACCGAUAAAGAUAGUAAGUAUUCCGAGACUCGAACUGUGCGGGGCUUUGGUAGGUGCGAGAUUAUAUAUUAAAAUAAAACAAUCCCUACGGUUAAAUUUCGAUAAAAUAUAUUUUUGGACUGACUCAACUAUUGUGCAAGGCUGGUUGAGUAUGUCGCCGCAUUUACUUAAAACCUUCGUUCAAAAUCGCGUCGCACAAAUAAAUGAAUUAACGUGCGAUACAAUUUGGCGACAUGUUAAGGGAACCGAUAACCCUGCGGAUAUUAUAACUCGCGGCACGACGUUAGACACGCUGAAGUAUGAUAGUAAUCAUAAUUGGUGGUGUGGCCCUGCCUUCUUACGCGAUAUAAGUAGUAAGUGGCCAGACAAUAAUAAAAUAUUUAUUUCGCCAUAUAGUGAGUUGCCUGAAAUUAAACAUAGCGCUGUUAAUUUACAUUCUACUCAAUUAUGUUCAAUAUUUGAUUUUGAACGUUAUUCGUCAUUUAUUCGUUUGCAAAGGGUUUGCGCAUAUUUAUUGCGAUUCAUUGAUAAUGUCAGAGUGCCUAUUGUCAACGGCAUUCGUGUGCGACAAACCGGUUCCUUAUCUGUAGAUGAGUUACAGCGAUCACUUGAUACAUUAACACGGUUUGCUCAACAAGAAUCAUUUAGUGAGCAAUAUUAUAGAUUAAAAAAUAAGUUAUCAUUAAAUAAUAGUAAAAAUAUUAAAAAUAAAUUGAUAUAUAAUAAAAUAGCCGGUUUAAAUAUUUUUCUAGAUGAAUCAAAUAUUAUUCGUGUCGGUGGUAGGUUAUCUAACGCGAAUGAAUUUGAUUAUAAUAAAAAACAUCCCAUAUUGCUUAGUGGGAAGCAUCGAUUUUCAAGAUUAUUAUGUGAAUAUGAACAUAAACGAUUGCUUCAUGCUGGACCUCAACUUCUAGUAUAUUCCAUGCGUGAAAGGUGGUGGAUUUUGAGGGCUCGCGAUUUAGCUAAACAAGUUGUUCAUAAUUGUAUCGUAUGCAAACGCAUGAAAGGCAGGACAUUGACCCCUCUUAUGGGUAACUUACCUUCGGAAAGAUUAGAACAAAAUUUUCCUUUUAUGAAUUGUGGUGUUGACUAUGCCGGGCCACUGCUCAUAUUGGACCGCAAAGGCAGGGGUGCAAAAUUAAUAAAGUCAUACAUUUGUUUAUUCGUUUGUUUUAGUACAAGGGCUAUACAUUUAGAACUGGUAGGUAGCUUGAGUACACAUGAUUAUAUUUUAGCAUUAAAUCGGUUCAUAGCACGGCGUGGAAAGCCUUAUCAAAUCUUUUCAGACAAUGGAAAAAAUUUCGUUGGUGCUGAAAAAGAAUUAUCAGUAAUUUUUAAUAAUGGUAGUGAUAUUUCUGAUUUUCUUAGUCAUAAUCAAAUUCGUUUAACAUUUAUACCACCGUACAGUCCUCAUUUUGGCGGGUUGUGGGAAGCAGGAGUCAAGUCCUGUAAGCAUCAUUUGCGGCGGGUGCUGGGCAAUGCUAGGUUAACACGUGAAGAGUUUGAAACGGUAUUAACGCAAAUUGAAGCCGUCCUGAACUCUCGCCCUCUGUCUCCUCUGUCCUCAGAUCCUCAUGACUUUCUCCCACUUUCUCCAGCCCAUUUCCUGAUCGGUCGACCACUAACUGCACCUAUCUGCGAAAACCUGACGAUGAUUAAGCCUACGCGAUUGGGACGCUAUGACCAUGUGGAGCAACUUCGACAACAUUUUUGGCAGCGUUGGUCGAAAGAAUACAUUUCAGAGCUUCAACAGCGAAUUAAAUGGAAAACCAACAAUGAGGACCUCAAACAAGAUAGCUUAGUUCUGAUCAAGGAGGAUAAUGUUCCCCCUUUAAAAUGGAAACUGGGUCGAGUGACGCACGUCUUACCGGGGACUGAUGGGAUUUCCCGAGUGGCUGAAAUACGGACAGCGCACGGCAUCAUACGUCGAUCUUUUGCAAAAAUUUGCCCGUUAUACCCCUCAUGAUCCAGCUUCACUGACGAGUGCUUCAUGUUGGAAGCCUUUCCUGAGUUCUUCCAAGGCGGGCGGUAUGUUCAACAACUAUGAAGUGAGCGUCGUUCAGCGGUGUGGCGGCAACACCGGUGGCACCGGCGGCAACUUCACGUUAAUGUGAAACAAAUUUGCUUAAUCAUGUAACCUAAUGUCAUUCCUUUUGUAAUCUUGUAACGGCACACACAAUGUAAUCGUUUUAA